AUGGCUAAAAGCGCAGAGGUCAAACUGGCAAUAUUUGGGAGAGCAGGCGUGGGCAAAUCAGCUCUUGUAGUGAGAUUUCUGACCAAACGGUUCAUCUGGGAAUAUGAUCCCACUCUCGAAUCAACCUAUCGACAUCAAGCAACCAUCGAUGAUGAAGUUGUUUCCAUGGAGAUACUAGAUACCGCUGGUCAGGAAGACGCCAUUCAGAGGGAAGGCCACAUGCGCUGGGGGGAAGGCUUCGUGCUGGUCUAUGACAUUACUGACCGGGGAAGCUUUGAGGAAGUGCUGCCACUUAAGAACACCCUCGACGAGAUCAAAAAGCCCAAGAAUGUGACUCUCAUCUUGGUUGGAAACAAAGCUGACUUGGACCACUCCAGACAGGUUAGUACAGAAGAAGGGGAGAAGCUAGCCACAGAAUUAGCCUGUGCUUUUUAUGAGUGUUCUGCCUGCACCGGAGAAGGGAACAUCACUGAGAUCUUCUACGAGUUGUGCCGGGAAGUGCGUCGCCGGAGGAUGGUGCAGGGCAAGACCAGGCGACGCAGCUCCACGACACACGUGAAGCAAGCCAUUAACAAGAUGCUCACCAAAAUCAGUAGCUAG